CUGAUGUCAAUGUUAACUUACAGUGGCGUGAGAGAAUAAGUGCUAUGUGUUACAGAUACUAAGUCAAUUCGACAACAGUAUUACUUUGGUGUAAUAGCUGUCUAUCUUAAUAUGACCCAGAUAGGCUGUUUUAAAUGAGACUUUCACAUUUGCUAACCUUCAUCAAUGAUCACUGUCCUUCAAUCUAUGCCUUUUCGUUAUUGGCAAUGCUUCCCCAAAACUUUGCAUGUCUCUAUGAAUACAUAUAUCGACUACCGCGAGCCUAGAAUGGAACGGCUUCUUAUUAGUGCAACAUAGCUUGGAACCUAUUCCUCAGAUCUGACAAUCUUGUUGCUGUAUCUUCCUGCUGCAAUAUAUGUCGGCAGUAUGCAGCUUAUUCAUUCCUACCCAACCACCGAGCCAACUGAGGAUAAGCGGACAACACACUCUAGCACCGCCACAUACGACAAGGAUGCAUAAAACAUCUCGUUUGUGCCUGAUGCUUAUGCGAAUGUAACCAAAGCUCUACUCUGCAUAAAGAUAGGACAUAUAAUGCGUUCGGAGCCUUUCGGGGUCUUCCGUCUAUAUGGAUAAUUUAUGUAUCCCAACUAAGCCCCCGGCUUCCUUCGGAUUUCUUGCUACAUUUCCCACGUUUCAGCCCAUGUUAUAAAGCCUUUCCAACCCCGCUCAUCCUUUCAAAAGCCAGCUUCUCAUUCCUUCCUCCUCAACACUCCUAGUGACAAUAUGAGCACAACCAUGGACGUUAAGACAUUUCAACCAGUCACUGCUGGGAUCGCUUUGAUCCCAGAGAGUGAAAUUGACAUGCGGUCUGAUGAGGAGCUCAUUGAGAUCCUUAAGCAUCCCAAGCCAGUACGCCACGAGCGAAAUGUCUGGGCUUUUUGGGAUACCGGCUUCGAUAAUAUGCGGUCAUGGACACAGCGCAAUGUCCUCGGUUGGAUGCGCCGCCAAGGCCCCUCUUGGGAUGUGCGGCUUCUUGACAUGGUGCCUGGCUCACUAACAAACGUGCAGAACUUUGUACCCCCAGAGUAUCUACCAGAAUGCUUCAAGCACGGCACCAUGGACGGACCAGCGAAAGGCCAGCACGCUAGUGAUUGCGCACGACUGGGCCUCCUAUACCUGCACGGGGGUGUAUGGCUUGACGUUGGAUCCGUCUUAUUUCGAAAAUUUGAUCAUAUCUUUUGGCAAGCAUUGGAGGAUCCAGAAUCCCCUUUUGAGAUGGGCACUACCCUCUUCCAGUCACGGAAAUAUAUCGGGCAAUGCAUAACGGGCUUUCUCGGUGCGAGGAAGGGCAACCCAUUUAUCCAGCGUUGGAUGCAGCUGUGGCUAGAGCUCUGGAAAGACGGACGUACCAAUUGCUUUGGCUUGCACGAGCACCCACUUCUGAAGCCCCUGGGUUUGAUUGUUCCGCCAGAAGAGCAGGAGCACGAGAAUCCCCGCCAAAUAGACCUUGGAGGAGCUGGAGGAUUCGAUCUUAAGAUCACCACCGACUACUUGACUUUGAACAUGGCGUACGAGCGCGUGCGACUACUUGUGGAUGACGCAGGAUGGAAUGGGCCUGAGUACUUUCGUCGCCACGUCCACUUUCUCGAUACUAUAGACGAAAUCUGGAAAUCCCACGAGAUGAUGCUUCAGGACGAGCUAUUCCCACUACUUUCACUUCCAUUCAAGCCUGAGAACGCCGAAACCGAUGCUAAGCAGAAAGAAGCCGCCAACUACGUUGGUUAUGUGCUCGCAAACUGCAGCAUGGCUAAACAUAGCCAGGGGCAUUGGCAGCCUGGUCUAAGGGUGCCCCUUGCCAUGAGCUGGAGUAUGCCAGAGAACGCUGAUGCCGAUAUCAAAAAGGGCACUUGGGCUGAGUACGUGAGAUGGGCAAGUAUAUUUUGUGAGCAGGACAGAAUGAAGGGAGUUUGUUUGCCGAGUCUAGAACUACCAGAUGAACAAGAUGAGAUCAUCAAGGGAGGGUUGUUGGAGGUUAAGUAGCAUAUUCUUGCCGUUGCUGGGGAAACUCCGACUGAGGAUUAGUCUCUAUCGGACUAGGGUUCGUUGCCACGCUAGAAACACUGAAGACGUUGGCUACUAUGUUAUCACUCAUCAGACUCUGUUACGCCUGAUGAAACUCAAGCUUGUGGUUUAAUACUAUACUAUUGAAUAUUGUGCGAGUAAACGUUAGUAAGAGUAGGCCAGUAGCCCGGAGUACAAUCUCUUAGGGCUUUCGAGGCCUGUGUGGCUAUUAAAGCCAUACUCUGGUCUGGUGAGUGAGUUAGUCUCGUGGUGCAUAAUGUCCCUUGAUUAAUCACAAAGGGAUCGGAGCCACGAAGUGCAAGUGCUUGAGAAUCGACUCGGGUGAUAUGGUAAAUCAUAUUUGGUUUUAACGAACAGCGCACCGCAAUACAUAACGGGAACUUACCACAUUCAACGGUUUAUUGAUCUAGAUUAUUAGAAAAUAAGUUGAAUUGGCAAGCUAUCUCUAUA